CAGUCACUCUUUGAUAUUGGCGAAGAUGGAUGCUUUUCUCUCGGAUCAGCUGUUUACUACGAUUUUACCCUUGAACGGCCAGCUGUGUGCGAUAACGAAGCAAUCAAGCUGAUCAAGCGUUUUAUCAAUGAUUACGUUACUGUCACUUAUACAUGCCAAAAUUAAGCGUCGCGAACGCACCGACAGUCGUGACGGACACGUUGCCGAGUGAAUAUUUCAUUCGCGGACGUUAUGAGAAUUUUAUGGGCAUAAGCAUCUGCAGGAGAUACAGUGCAAUGGUUCGGCAAGUUUUUAUCGGUCCGUUGAUUCACACAGAUGACAAUGAGAAAUUGAUUAUUAAGGAGAAGGUUGCUGUAUUUCUUCAGGAUGGCAAAAUUACUCGUGUUUCGGAGAAUUACACAAGCAAUCCACCGAACACAGACGACUCUUCCGAGAUUUCUCCCUCGGAGGAAGUUACUGUUUUGUCACCUGGACAGUUUAUGAUGCCUGGAUUCAUCGACGGCCACACUCAUGCGGUUCAGCUUCCGAAUCUUGGACUGGGUUACAGCAAGUGUCUGUUGGAUUGGCUGGAGACUUACACCUUUCCACUGGAGAGAGAGUACAUUAAUGCGAAAUUCGCAGAGCAAGUGUUUGAAGCAGUUGUGAAACGAACCAUCGGUACGGGCACAACAACGGCGUGUUACUUUGCGUCUUUAUACGCCGAGGCGUCUACGAUCCUCGCGGAGAAAGCCGCGAAGCUGGGCCAACGUGCUUUUAUCGGCAAAGUGAAUAUGAACACCCCGCGUGACGAUGGAUAUUACGAAAGCACCGAGAAGUCAAUUAAGGACACCGUGGCUUUCAUAAAGUCUAUUGAGCAAAUAGGGAAUCCACUCGUAAGGCCGAUUAUCACGCCGAGAUUCGCAUUGAGUUGCAACAUGGAAUUAAUGCAGGAACUGGCUAAGAUCGCUAAAAAGAAAGAUUUACAUAUACAGACUCAUGUCUCUGAAAAUAAAGCCGAAGUAGCGGCAGUGAUAGAAACUUUUCCACAUCAGCCUUCGUACACAGCUGUUUAUGAUGCCGCUGGUCUUCUUACCAAUAAGACAGUAUUAGCGCACGGGGUCCAUCUCACAGAUAACGAGCUUGCCAUUCUCAGUGAACGAGGAUCAGCUGUAAUUCACUGUCCCUCUUCGAACUUGCAUCUGAAAAGCGGUCUUUGCGACGUGCAGAGGCUAAAGGCUAACAAUGUCAAAGUCGGACUUGGAACAGAUGUUUCGGGUGGAGCCAGUUACAGUAUGUUGGACGAAAUGAGAUCGGUUUUAGGAGUAUCGAAUUGUUUAUCCUUUAUGAGGGACAAUUAUACACCGCUUAGUUACAAAGACGUCUUCCAUAUGGCAACAUUAGGGUGUGCUAAAGCACUCUCGAUCGAGGACAAAGUCGGUAAUUUGAUGCCGGGCAAAGAAUUCGAUGCUCUCAUUGUCGACUUGAAUGCGGAAGGCAGUUUGUUGGACAAUUUAAGAGAAUACACGCUGGAGGAGAACCUCCAGAGAUUUAUAUACGCCGGUGAUGAACGUAACAUUAUAGCAGUGUAUGUAAAUGGCAGGAAAGUUAAAUAAGAGCUUCCUCUACUUUAUAUGUUUUAUAACAUAAAAUAUAAAUUACUAAAUAAAAGGCCUCCGUCUUUGUACACUAUUUUUUACAUUA